AUGCUCCAGUUACAAGGCCCACAGCUGCUGCAGACGUUAGAGAAGUGCUUGAGGAAGAGUCUGCCUGAGUCCUUAAAGGUUUAUGGGACCGUCUUCCACAUGAACCAGGGAAACCCAUUUGGUCUAAAGGCCCUGGUGGACAAGUGGCCUGAUUUUCAGACAGUGGUUAUCCGCCCUCAGGAGCAGGAGAUGGCAGACGACUUUGAUCACUACACCAACACCUACCAAAUCUUUUCUAAGGAUCUCAAGAACUGUCAGGAGUCCCUUACCACAUCAGAUGUCAUCAACUGGAAACAACAUUUGCAGAUCCAAAGUUCACAGUCCAGCCUGAAUGAGGUGAUACAGAAUCUUGCAGCCGCUAAAUUUGCUAAGGUCGAGCACACACAGUGCAUUCUCUACGUGAUGCCUGAGACAGCGAGGAAACUGCUUCCUUCCCUGCCAGAGACAAAGAACUUACCUGUUGGAUAUGGCGCACCCAAAGCCAUUAAUGAGGAGAUGUUUAAGCUCUCAUCCAUGGAUCCUACGCAUGCCGCUUUGGUGAAUAAAUUCUGGCAUUUUGGUGGCAAUAAGAGGAGCCAGAGAUUCAUCGAGCGCUGUAUCCGGGCCUUCCCCACCUUCUGCCUGCUGGGGCCUGAGGGGACCCCUGUGUCCUGGUCCCUGAUGGACCAGACAGGAGAGAUCCGGAUGGGGGCCACCCUGCCCGAGUACCGGGGCCGCGGGCUCGUCUCCCACAUGCUGGCUGUCCACACCCGGGCUCUGGACCAGCUCGGCUUCCCCGCGUAUAACCACACAGACAAAGCCAACAAAAUCGUACAGAGAAUCAGUCACAACCUGCGUCACAUCGCCAUCCCCCGUGGUUGGAACCAGUGGAACUGCGUGCCCCUGUGA